CUCGCUUUUCAGAGCAUUACUUUCGGCCUCGGAGCGCCCUCCGAGCAGUCCUGCGCCUUUCCAACUCAGCCUGGACCUUCCGACGGAGACGGGUAAUCGAUCCGCGGGCGCCAAGGGGGAUUCCGCCGCUCGGAGAAACUUCUUCCCGCGUGGAGUGAAGGAGCGGGUUCCCUUUUCGGCUGGAAGCACUUCGGCUGCCUCCUUCGCGAAGGAGGAAGCGGGCUCAGGCAUUUCUCUUUUGGACACGGGCUCUUCCCGCCAGCCCCCUGCUUCCGGUCCUGAGGGGAGUCGUGUGGACGGUUUGAGCAUCUUUCUCCUCUCCGACUUCCUUCGAAGGUGACUGCUGAGCUGUGAAUUAUGGCACCCUUUUUACGAAUAUCAUUCAACUCUUUUGAGCUAGGACAAGUCCAGAAUCAGGGAGAGCAAUUACUGCCUUUCUGCGCAAUAAAAAUGAAAGAGGCUUUGACUACAGAGAGAGGAAAAACUUUGAUUCAGAAGAAGCCCACUAUGUAUCCCGAUUGGAAAACUUCUUUUGAUGCCCACAUCUAUGAAGGACGUGUGAUUCAGAUUGUCCUCAUGAAGGCUGCAGAAGAACCAUUGCUGAAGUUGACUGUAGGCGUAUCAGUUUUAGGAGCUGAAAAAUGUAAAAAAGGCAAUGGAAAAAGCAGAAUUUGGCUUGAUUUACAACCUCAAGGAAAAGUACUCAUGGCUGUACAAUUUUUUCUAGAAGAUGGAGAUUGUUUUCAAUCAACAAAAGAAGAUGAAGGAACUGUGACUAUAAAUAGAAGAGGAGCAAUCAAACAAGCAAAGAUCCACUAUAUUAAAAAUCAUGAGUUCAUUGCCACUUUUUUUGGACAACCUACAUUUUGCUCUGUCUGCAAAGAUUUUGUUUGGGGACUAAAUAAGCAAGGAUACAAAUGUAGACAAUGUAAUGCUGCUAUUCACAAAAAGUGCAUUGAUAAAAUCAUUGGGAGAUGUACUGGAACUGCAACAAACAGUAGAGACACAAUGUUUCAGAAGGAGCGCUUUCAUAUUGAUAUGCCUCACAGGUUCAAAGUUUAUAAUUAUAUGAGCCCUACUUUCUGCGACCAUUGCGGAAGUCUUCUCUGGGGACUAGUAAAACAAGGAUUAAAAUGUGAAGAGUGUGGAAUGAAUGUGCACCAUAAAUGUCAAAAGAAAGUAGCAAAUCUAUGUGGAAUCAAUCAGAAAUUAUUGGCAGAAGCUUUAACUCAAGUUAGUCAGAAAUCUACCAGAAAAUCUGAUUCAGGGUCAGUAGAAAGUGUUGGAAUUUAUCAGGAUUUUGACAAGAAGCCUAAAGGUUUUCGUGCAGAUAUGCCAGAUAAUUGUGAAUAUGAUAAGCUGUGGGAGGGAAGAUCAUCCUCACGACUAUCCAUUAGGAGAAAAUUCAACAUAGAUAGUUUUAUAUUCCAUAAGGUUCUUGGAAAAGGAAGUUUUGGAAAGGUGCUACUGGCUGAAUUUAAGGGGAAGAAUGAAUUUUUUGCAGUAAAAGCUUUGAAGAAAGAUGUGGUACUUAUUGAUGAUGAUGUGGAAUGUACCAUGGUGGAAAAGCGGGUCUUAGCACUUGCGUGGGAAAACCCGUUUCUUACACAUCUUUAUUGCACCUUUCAGACUAAGGAACAUUUGUUCUUUGUUAUGGAAUUCCUCAAUGGUGGCGAUCUAAUGUUCCACAUACAGGACAAAGGCCGUUUCGAUCUUUUCAGAGCUACGUUUUAUGGUGCUGAAAUAGUGUGUGGUUUGCAGUUUCUUCACAGUAAAGGCAUUAUUUAUAGGGAUCUCAAAUUAGACAAUGUGAUGCUUGAUAAAGAAGGCCAUAUUAAAAUAGCUGACUUUGGGAUGUGUAAAGAAAAUGUAUUUGGAGAAAACAAGGCAACAACGUUCUGUGGUACUCCAGAUUAUAUAGCCCCUGAAAUCUUGCAAGGCCUCAAAUAUACAUUUUCUGUAGACUGGUGGUCAUUUGGAGUUUUGUUGUAUGAGAUGCUGAUUGGACAAUCUCCUUUCCAUGGUGAUGAUGAAGAUGAGUUAUUUGAAUCAAUACGAGUAGAUACUCCUCAUUAUCCACGUUGGAUUACCAAAGAAUCCAAGGAUAUUCUUGAAAAGCUAUUUGAAAGAGAUUCAACAAAGAGAUUGGGAAUAACUGGAAACAUCAGAGAUCACCAUUUUUUCAAAGCAAUUAAUUGGACAACACUGGAAAAGAGAGAGAUGGAACCUCCUUUCAAACCAAAAGUGAAAUCAGCAAGUGACUAUAACAACUUUGACAGAGAAUUUUUGAGUGAGAAACCUCGAUUAUCCCACAGCGACAAAAACCUAAUAGAUUCUAUGGAUCAGUCUGCAUUUGCUGGUUUUUCAUUUAUCAACCCUAAAUUUGAGCAAAUUCUGGAGAAAUAAUUAAGUAAUCGAAUUCUGGGGAACAGCCCUAAUGAAAGCUUUCCAGCUCUUCAUAUGGAAUAUGAAAGACAUUCACCUCGUUGUGACCAACUGUGUAGUAAUUAAUGCUUCUGCUAAUUCUUUAGCAACUGGCAGAAACCUUGUGUUGUAAAACUGAAGUAUCCUUGUGAAUUAUGUGCAUAUGAUUUUCUUUGCAACCGGGAAAGUGUAGAUGUAUGUGUGUUAUUAUUUGAAUGUAGUUAUUUCUUUGGACAAUGUGUGUUGCAGGUGUGCUUUAUUUUGCUUAAGAGGGGAGAUAUUGAUUAUGAAGAUAGUGUUUAAAUACAGUGACACAUUAACACAUUAACAUAUUAAUUCUCAUCAAGCAAAAUGGCAUGACAAUCUAUUCAAUGAAAUCUGGGUUUCAAAUAUUGGUAUUUUUAAUAAAUGCCAUCGGUUAAUACUACUUCCUGUAACAUGUAUCCUUCCUUAAAAUUUUAUUUUCUUUUGGUUCCUGGAUAAAAAUAUUAAAAUCAUGAGAUAGAAGAAUUUCUAAAUGCCCUUUUCUACUUUGCUUCCACAAUAUAUAAUUGUGUUCAUUGAUUAGAAUAAAGUGUUUGGUGGCACCUUAAAAAUACACACCUGCCAUUGUGUAUUAUCCACACUCUGGAUAACCAAGAGUACCACAAAGUAUACAUACUUGAUAAUUUUAAUGCUUUGCAAGACUAAACUUGCAUGUACAAUCUUAAAUUCACAUGAUGGAAGAAAUCCUAUAAAACAGUCGAAGUUACCUCUGAGUAAACAAAUAUAUGCACCCUUUUCCAAAGAUACAGAAUGAAAGAUAAUGGGGCAAAGAAAAUAAGCUUGGCAAAUGCACCUUGAGUUGAUUUGAGAACAAUUGAAGUAUUAUUUUGAUUUUGGAAAAAAAGAAAUGAGCAACCCCAAAGCACACAAGUGAGUUUUGCAGGUGCAUUUUAGCAACAAAAAAUGGAAAUAAAUAUAUUAAGCUUCUAAGAGGCAAAAUGUAUAUUUCUUGGAAACACCUUACAGUAUGCAGAGACUGAACAAGUUUAGACUCAUGAAUACUUUGAUGUCAUUGGACAUGAUCUAUAGAUAGCACCUACCAAUUGUCCAUUAGGUUGUCCAUUAGUGUAGGCCAAUAUAAGUUGCGUCAUCAUUUAAGAACCUUUGGUGAAAUUGUUAUCUGGUUUCUAUAGGAAUAUUUAAAUGUGCAGUUUGUUAUGAGAAGGCUAUUUUUUACUUUAUAACAAAAUGUUUUUAAUAGAGACAAUGGUAACGUAUAGAACAGUUGAAACUUGAAGACUGAAAAUUUUCUUAUUCUUGAAAGACUUGAUGACACUUAAAAUGUAAAUAAAUAUGUUCUGUUGUUCUCCCA